GCCGCCGCCGCCGCCGCCGGAUCGGUUUCUCGGGGUUUGACCAGCUGUCCCAGGCUAACCCUCUGCUCUCUGAAGAUGGAGGAAGUAAAAACAGGAUUACCCUUAGCUACGGCUCCUCCGCCGCCUUAGUCCCCCCACAGCCAACUGCCGUGCACAAACACACCUCCACUGGGCAGAGGGAGCCGACACUAAUAAACACACAAACAAAAGGGGGAUGGAACUGACUCACUGCCUGCGCGGCUGAGUGUGUGCCUGCCUACCUGGACUAGGGGGAAGAUAAGCACUGCACUUUGACUAUGGAAGCAGAAGCUGUUGAUGGAUAUAUUACAUGUGACAAUGACUAUUCGCCUGAAAGGGAGCACUGCGGCAUGGCCAUCGACCUCACCUCUAGCACUCCCAAUGGGCAGCACACCUCCCCCUGUCACAUGGCAGGCACAAAUUCAGUAAAGCUAGAAAUGCAAAGUGAUGAGGAAUUUGACAGGAAGCCCCUGAUUCAUGAAGAUAUUAUCAGAGCUCAUGAUGGAGGAAGCAGCCUGGAAGAUCCCUUCAUUGGGAGUAACGAGAUGGUGGAUAACAGAAAGAUGCAGGAGCUAUCAAGCGAGGGAGGAAUCCGGCUUCCGAAUGGUAAACUGAAAUGUGACGUCUGUGGCAUGGUUUGCAUUGGGCCCAAUGUGCUAAUGGUACAUAAAAGGAGCCACACUGUGGGGAAGCCUCACAAGUGCAACUACUGUGGCCGGAGCUACAAGCAGCGCAGUUCUCUGGAGGAGCACAAGGAACGCUGCCACAACUAUCUGCAGAAUGUCAGUCUGGAGGCUGCCGGGCAGGUCAUGAGUCACCAUGUACCUCCUCUGGAAGAUUGUAAGGAACAAGAGCCUGUGAUGGACAACAAUAUUUCUGUGGUGCCUUUUGAGAGACCUGCUGUUAUAGAGAAGCUGACGAGCAACAUGGGAAAGCGUAAAAGCUCCACCCCACAGAAGUUUGUGGGUGAAAAGUUCAUGAGAUUUGGCUAUCCAGAUAUCCCCUUUGAUAUGAACCUAAGCUAUGACAAGGAGGCUGAGCUGAUGCAGUCUCACAUGAUGGACCAAGCCAUCACCAAUGCAAUCACCUACCUUGGAGCUGAGGCACUUCACCCCCUGAUGCAGCACACACCGAGCACAAUUGCAGAGGUGGCUCCGGUCAUCAGCUCAGCUUACGCUCAGGUCUAUCAUCCCAGCAGGAUAGAGAGGCCCAUCAGCAGGGAAACGGCCGACAGCCACGAGAACAACAUGGAUGGCCCCAUCUCCCUCAUCAGACCAAAGAGUCGAAUCCAGGAUAGAGAGGGCUCCCCCAGCAAUAGCUGCCUGGAUUCUACUGACUCAGACAGCAGCCACGACGACCGCCAGUCCUACCCAGGAAACGCUGCCUUAACCCCCAAGAUCAAGCCAAACCCGGCUUAUGUGAAGGAAGAGGCCAAGCCUUUGGAUGUCACAAAAGCUUCUAAGGGCUCUUUAAAGGAUAUGUACAAGGUGAUCAACGGAGAAGGGGAGCAGAUCAGGGCUUUCAAGUGCGAGCACUGUCGCGUCCUCUUCCUGGACCAUGUCAUGUACACCAUCCACAUGGGCUGCCAUGGCUACCGGGACCCGCUGGAGUGCAACAUCUGUGGCUACCGGAGCCAGGACCGCUAUGAGUUCUCGUCGCACAUAGUCCGGGGGGAGCACACAUUCCGCUAGGCCUUCUCAUCCAAAGGGGACUCGUAUGAAGUAGAAGAACUGCACAUGAAGAAAUACUGCACUUACAAUCCCACUUUUCUUCGGACAUUGAGACGCCUAUUUUGUUGUUGUUGCUGUUGUUGUUGUUGCCGUUGUUUAAUUAUUAUUAUUAACCUUAUUUUUUGUGGACCCAACCUCAUUUGCUCUGCCCAGCUUAAGAAUGGAAAGAAGGAAGGGAAUGGAUAAAAGAGGGUUUUGUUGUGGCAAUCAGUUUUUGGGGAGUGACCCGCCUUGCUCUCUGUGGGAAUUGGAAGGCAGUCCGUGUCCGUCUCAGUCAGUUGUACACCAUGUCCUCUUUUGGGAUGUCGCUCAACCAUACCAGGUGCUUUCAAGUCCCAACAAGAUGCCACUCAUUUGGAAUUUCAGAGGAAUAGGUAGAAACAUUUCAGAGGAGAGCCUUUUUCUAAUGUGAACAUAUGGUGUGAGCUUUUGGUGGCUGGAGGAAAGGGGGGGGAACUUUGUGCUGCAGAAUGAACAAUUAUUUUUAAAGCAAAACUCGUAGGGAGUUAGGAGCAUGAAUCAAAGUCAAUAUUCCUCUCAAAACUACUUUCAAGGGUGAGCUGUUUUCCUGGGUUCAGUGUGUAUUGCCCCUCUAGAAUGUAAAUAAAUGAAAAAAAAAAAGAAAUGUAUGUCUUAACACUGUACCACAUUACAGCAGUUUAGUUUCAUAAGUCUGAGGGCCUUCUGUGGUAAGUUUGAGGCUUUGUGUUUUUAUUUUUCUUAACUUAUGAAGCACCUUUUUUUAGAAUUGUUUAUAUUCUGUUACUCCAUGCCUAUGUGUUGUCUCACUGGCUUCUUAGAGACUCUUGGGAGCCUUAUUUCUUUAGUUGCACCCUAAGUUUUAAGAAAGAACAUUUAGAAAUAACAUUUA